AUGAUGAAAGGUUUUAAGCAAAGAUUUAAGGUAAAGACUAGUCUUGGAAAAGGUGACAAGAAGAAAGAUGCGAAGAAGGAAGAGAAGACAAAAUCUAAGAAAGCUCAAAACGAACAUCAUGCUGGUAGCCAUCACAGGCAUCAUAGCCAUCAUGAGCAUGAGCAUGAACAUGAGCAUGAUAGUCAGCAAAAGAGACACCAAGACCAACAACCAUCCUCACAAAAGCCAACACAAUCACAAUCUGGAAGUUCUCAUCUGCAACGGAAAGCCCAAAAGCAAAGCCAGGCACAGGGCAACACACAGAAUUUGCGUACUCACCAAAAACAAGAACAAAAGAGCCAGCAAAAUAGUGAUGAUGACAUGCAACAGCAGCAGGAUCCAGAACGUGUACAACAAGUACAAAACGGACCUCAGACUCCAAAGCGGGCGGCUGGAAUGGAUAACAACGUGGAUAAUCCUUCUGACAUGGAUACUUCGCCAUUGACACCUCCAGCGAGUGUCUUGAAUGAUAACGGUGUUCCAAAGCUUCAUGCUGCAAACUCUCCGUUUGACAAAGUGCCGAAAGAUGAUUUGGAGUUGAAACCUAGGACACCACAGAGACAUUCUUCAUCUCGAUUCGACCCUGUGAACGAUCGUCAGGUGUUCCAGAAAUUGGCAUCUUUUGAUGAAGUUGACCCGGAGUACUAUGCUGAAUUGUUCAUAAGGAAGGUUGAUCAGUGCAAAAUUAUGUUUGACUUUUAUGAUCCUUCUUCCGAUAUCCAGGGAAAGGAGAUGAAAAGGCUUACAUUGCAUGAACUCACUGUAUUUGUUAGCACCACGAGGAUGAAAUAUACGGAGGAGAUGUACAGACAUGUGGUUGAUAUGUUCAAGAUUAACAUCUUCCGUCCAAUUCCCCCACCCGUUAACCCUGUCGGAGAUAUCUACGAUCCUGACGAGGAUGAACCUGUGUAUGAAUUGGCAUGGCCUCAUAUGCAGAUGGUAUACGAGUUCUUUCUUCGUUUCGUAGAGAGCCCAGAUUUCAAUAAUACAGUUGCAAAGCCAUACAUUGAUCAUCAGUUUGUCCUUACACUUCUUGAGCUAUUUGACAGUGAGGACAAUAGAGAGAGAGAUUGCUUGAAGACGACUUUGCACAGAAUAUAUGGAAAGUUUUUGAGUCUUCGUUCGUUUAUUAGAAAGUCAAUUAACAACAUCUUCCUUACAUUCAUAUACGAGACCGGCAGGUUCAAUGGCAUUUCAGAGUUGUUGGAAAUUCUGGGUUCCAUUAUUAAUGGAUUUGCACUUCCAUUAAAGGAAGAGCACAAGGUCUUUUUGGUAAAAGUUCUUAUACCUCUCCAUAAGGUUAGAUGCUUGUCUUUGUAUCAUCCACAGCUUGCUUACUGCAUUCUUCAAUUUCUUGAGAAGGAUCCUACUUUGACAGAGGAGGUCAUCAUGGGUCUUCUUCGUUACUGGCCUAAAAUAAAUUCGCCUAAAGAGUUAAUGUUCUUAAAUGAAAUAGAGGAUAUCUUUGAGAUAAUUGAUCCGCAAGAAUUCCAGAGGGUUGAAGUUCCGUUGUUUGCACAGUUGGCUAAAUGCAUUUCAUCGCCUCACUUCCAAGUCAGUGAAAAAGUGCUCUGCUAUUUCAACAAUGAAUUUUUUGUGUCUUUAGUUACCGAAAAUGCAGAGAGCAUUCUGCCUAUAAUCUUUCCGGCUUUGUAUGAUCUUUCUCAAACGGAGAUGGAACUGGCAGAGCAACAAGAUCAACAGAAUCCGGAUCAGCAGUUGAAUGACUAUGAUCUAGAUGAAACUACUAGCUGGAAUAGGACAAUAUCGACAUUGGCCUAUAAUGCAUUGAAAAUUUUUAUGGAUACCAAUCCAAUUGUCUACGAUAGAUGCUGCAUUCUUUAUGAUGAACAGAUGAAGGAAGAGAAGACAAGAAAGAAACUUAGAAACGACCACUGGAAGAAGUUAGAGAGCUAUGUUCAGAAAUUAAAGCUAGGGGACGAUAGCACAAAAAAGGUAGAGAUUAAAUAA